CACCCAAAAUCAAAUGGGGAACACUUUCUUCAACUUAACUCUUAUCAUCUUCUUCCAUUUUUUUCUGCCUACUUUCUCCAUGAACUUAACCACCAUUCUUACCGACCAGUCGGCCCUUCUCGCAUUCAAAGACAAUGUUAUCCACGAUCCUCAAAAUGUGUUGGCAACCAAUUGGUCAUCUUCUUCCCCUGUUUGCAAUUGGUUUGGUGUCAUCUGCGGAUCCAACCACCUCAGAGUCACAGCUCUAAACCUUACUGGGUUGGGACUUGUAGGCACCCUCCCACCCCACUUAGGAAAUCUAUCAUUCCUUUCUCUUCUUUCCAUCACAGAAAACAGUUUUCAUGGCAGAUUACCAGUCCAGUUAUCAAAUCUGCACCGGCUGAAACAUAUAGACUUCGGCAACAACAGCUUCAGUGGAGAAAUCCCAUCGUGGUUAGGAUCAUUAACUGAGCUUCGGGUGUUGCGUCUGUACUAUAACAACUUCAAUGGUGUUAUCCCAUUCUCUUUAGGCUAUUUGCCAAAGGUAGAGGAGUUGAGCUUGUAUGGGAACCAGCUUUCGGGUUCAAUACCAUCCUCCAUCUUCAAUAUAUCUUCGGUGCAAAUUAUUGAUCUAGGGACUAAUAUGUUCACCGGUUCCAUACCCUUUGUUCCAAUCGAUUUGCCUUGGCUUGAACUCCUCAAUUUCAACUUCAAUAAUCUCACUGGCCAUUUUCCAGACGAUAUGUUCGAUCGUCUUCCGAAUUUGAAAGAAUUUUCGUCGAGUGCUAAUAGGCUUUCUGGUAGAAUUCCAAGCAGUUUAUUCAAGUGCAGAAAGUUACAAUUACUGUCCUUGUCAACUAACCAAUUGGAGGGGGGUCUACCAGUUGAAAUUGGGAAUUUAAGCAUGCUUCAAUUCUUCUUUAUUGGUGAUAACAACUUUGAAGGUGGAAUUCUAGAAAAGAUUGUGAAUCUGACUCUUCUCAAAAUGAUCGAUUGUUCUCGUAACAACUUCACAGGUACAAUACCAGAGCAGAUUGGCAACCUAAAGAAUCUGGAAUUUUUUAGUGCGGGAGAUAAUAAUUUUGUUGGUCAAAUUCCUCCCGUUAUAUUUAAUAUGUCGACUCUGUCUACCAUUUCUUUUGAAAGUAAUCAGCUCUCGGGCAGUCUUCCAUCAAACACGGGGCUUUGGCUUCCCAACCUGGAGGAGUUAUAUCUUGCAAAUAAUCGACUCGUUGGUCCAUUCCCAAUGUCCAUUUCCAAUGCCUCUCAGCUUACUACUCUCGACAUUUCUCAUAAUUUCUUUUCAGGGUCCAUCCCCGACACUCUUGACAAUCUGAGAAAUUUGAAGAGACUCAACUUGGAUGUUAAUAAUCUCACUUCUUCAAGAUUGAGCUUUCUUUCUUCUUUGACAAAUUGUAGAGGCUUGGAAGUCUUGGACUUCAGCGACAACGUAUUGAUCAGUGGUGAACUUCCAGGUUUGGUCGGAAAUCUCUCGGAUUCUCUUCAGAGAUUCUCUGCUUCAAAGUGCAACAUCAGCGGCAGCAUCCCGAGUGGAUUUGGCAACUUGAGUCGCUUGAUAGACAAAAAGCUUGAUGGCAGUAAAUUGACAGGAUUGAUUCCUACUGCAAUUGGAGGAUUAAAAGAGCUGCAAAGUCUUUCUCUUGGGGACAAUCAGUUAGAAGGACCGAUCCCCUCUGAGUUAUGUCAGCUAAACAAGUUGGGAUUCUUGGUCUUGUCGAUCAACAAAAUGUCUGGACCGAUACCUGCUUGCUUGGGUAAUCUCAUUUCUUUGAGGCAACUACUCCUUGGCUCUAAUAUGUUUUCUUCUUCAAUACCUUCAACCUUGACAGGGCUUACUAAUCUCCUGAUCCUGAACUUGUCUUCAAAUUCUCUCACUGGUCCUCUUCCAAUUGAUAUUGGAAACUGGAAAGUUGUGAAUAUCAUGGAUUUGUCGAACAAUCAGUUCUCAAGUGAUAUCCCUAUUGGAGUGGCAGAACUCGAUGACCUCACUUAUUUUUCCUUAUCCGAUAAUAGAAUCACAGGUUCUAUUCCUGAUUCAUUUGGUGAAUUGUGGGGCUUGGAAUCCUUAGAUUUGUCGAUAAAUAUUCUAUCCGGAGAGAUUCCCAAGUCCUUGGAGAAACUCCGUUUUCUCAAAUAUUUCAAUGUCUCUUUCAAUAGACUUCAAGGAGAAAUUCCUGGUGGAGGAAAGUUCGGAAACUACUCGAUCGAAUCAUUUAAGGGGAAUGGAGCAUUGUGUGGUGCAGCCCGACUUCAUGUUCCAAGCUGCAUAACUACACCUCUUAGAAAUAACAAGGCAAGAAGUAAGCUCAUAAGAUAUGGUUGCAUCUGCUCUGGAAUAUCUUCAUCAUGGUCUUAAAACACCAGUUGUUCAUAGCGAUUUAAAGCCCAGCAAUGUUCUAUUAGAUGAAGAUAUGGUUGCACAUUUGAGUGAUUUCGGAAUCGCAAAACUCUUAUGUGAAGAGAAUUCAAUGAUCCAAACCGUGACCCUUGCAACCAUUGGAUAUAUGGCACCAGAGUAUGGAUCAGAAGGAAUUGUUUCAAUAAAAGGUGAUGUGUAUAGUUUUGGUAUUCUUAUGAUGGAAAUGAUCAUGAGAAAGAAGCCAACGGAUGAAAUGUUUUCCGAAGAAAUGAGCUUGAGGAGUUUCGUGAAAGAGACGUUACCAUAUAUGCUGAACCAAGUUGGAGACACAAAUUCUGUAAGCAUUACGAGGAGGACACAUUUAUCAGCCAACAAUUGUGCAUUUUUGAUUUUGCAAGUAGCCUUAGAAUGUUCAGUAGAGAUACCAUAUGAUAGGCUUGAUAUGCAAGAAGUUGUGAGAAAGCUAGAAGAGAUCAGAGUCGAGUUAUUGACAGAUGGAAUGAGUUUGAUGAGAAGGCAUUUGUUAUUUUAACUACAAAAUACAAGUACCAUAUGUUAGUCAUUUUUAGGGUCUUUCUUGUUUUGAAGCAAAGUAUUUGAUAA